AUGGGUAGUUAUGAAUACCCAGACUACGCUAUGGGUGAUCAUGACUGGCUUCUCACACGAACGGACGUGCCGUCGUGCGAUGACAUUCUUCAGGGCACUGAGCCUGUCCAACCCUUCACGGUUCCCCCGUUGCCGCCCCAGCGACAAGGCUCGCGACGGUAUGCCCAAAUAGUGGAGAACAUAAAUAUGAACAGCGUCUUCACGGACUGGGAAAAGAGAGCUAUUGUUUCUAGGCUGCGCAGGUGCGAACCGCUGAACGAGGAGAACUUCCUGCGACGGCUCAGUAAUGUAAAAGCAAGAAACGAGGUUGAAUACCUUGAAAACGUUAGAAUGCGUGGCGCCGAGCUUAAGGCUAGAGCACAGAAUGAGCUUCGCGCGGCCUACGAACAUGAGCGCCCAAGAAGGGAGUACAUUUUUAGGCGGCAUUUAAAUCUGAAGAACGUGUUAAUUGAGGAGGUUCGCCAACACCGGGCGGCGAGGUGGUACACAAUUAUUACAUCACAUGUUUUCCUCACUGUUCUUAUCAAAGAACGGCGCGACUACGAAGCAAUGGAGAAGAUUAAGUUCCGCCUACUGCCGAUUAUCAAACGACGGUUGGCCGUGCAGAGGAAACGGAUGCUAGCCGCGGAGUUAACGCGGGACAAUUUGGACAAAAUUCCUUUCCCAACCCCCUCCAUUAUUCACCGAAUGCAGGGUACGUUUUUUGAUGGAUGGCCAAAUAAAUUGUUAGAGCAACUGGGACACAAGGCCCGGCCGCUGUAUCUGAAGGAGGGCUCGUAUUUGAUGCAUGAAGGAGAUGUGGACCGUUGCAUGUACAUGAUCACAGCUGGAACCAUUUCGGUGAUCAUGAACGAUCGAGAGAAGGGGAAGAGGCGCAUCAAGGAGAAUAGCAAAGCCUGUUUUACGCUUUCGCCGCCAUGUUAUGUGGGCGAGUUUGCUCUCGUGUGUAAGGAGCCGAGAAGUGCGUCGAUUAUUUGUGAAACCGAUGUUGGCGUAUGGAGCGUGCCACCCGAGGGGUUCGAGGAGGUCGCCCAACAGUUGAGCCAGGAAAUCAAGAGCAAACAGCGGGAAGCAACAGAUGUGAGGAGGCGCGCCAAUUUGCAGAGGUUUUUCCCUCUGCGUGUGGAAUUUCUUCGUAGUUUCCCUUAUUUUGUGCAAUUCAGCAACGCCGCCCUGGAAAAUAUUAUUAGCAAGGCGGAGCCCAUCGUCCUCCACAAUAAUGAUCACCUCUUCUCCAAGUCGGAGCUGGACCCCUCCGCUUACUUCAUACAAGAUGGCGUUGCUGUUCUCCUGGAGGCAAGCGGCAACCAGCGCCUUGUCCCGCGCGGCAGUUGUGUGGGGAUAUUUGAGUGCGCUUGCAGCGUUAACGAGCGAAAAAAGUGUACCAUAAUAAGCCAGAACUAUUGUGACAUCUGGAGGAUAAGCCGUGAAGCUCUUAUGGAUGUUGGAAUGAGCGAACCGGCAGCUUUCCUAUACUGCCGCGGAGCAGCCAAAUCCCAUCGUGCGAUGGAAGUGGAGAAACCCUGUGCCGUCCCUCGUUCCCUUUCCAAGGACCCUUUCAUCCAAUUUUGUCUUACGCGCCAGCUAAUGAUGCGUAUGUGGGAGAUGAGCGUCCCAACCAUUUUCCUCAACGAUGAGAAGCUUGUGAUUCAGGGACAAAAGUUUCAGCGGUUUGUUAUCAUACAUAGCGGUGUUUGUGAGACGACCAUCUCUACCGAGGAGGGGGAAUAUGCUACGGUGAGGAUAACCGUAUCCGGUGACGCGUCUCCGGGGGGAGAUGUUGUGAGUCCUUAUGAAAGCAUCUCAAGGCGGAGGUCCCUUGCUGACAAGUUGUUUAUUAGUCGAAUCUUGGGGGCGUACGAAUACGCCUCUCUCAAGACGCACUACACCUACACCGUGACGAGUUACGGCUUGACCGAGGCCUUUCUGGUGGAUGUGGCUGCUUUCGAAAAAUCAGUGCCUCCGGAAUUAAAAGCAAUUAUGCACAACAACAAGAAAUCGCAGGAGUUAAUUAGCUUAUGUCAGACAGAGCACAAUGCGAGUUAUCUCACCAAUUCAGUUAACCAGAGUUUUGUGCACCUCUACCGCAAGAGCAAAGAGUUCAUGGCGAAAAGGUAA